CGGAGAAGGGAAAAGAACGUCAACAGUGAGGCUUUCUAUGAGAAAGCAAUGGAUAAGAACGCUGCUGCUUACCAGAAAACACUGAACAGUCAGGCCCGGUCAGCUGAAAUUGGGCUACACGAAUACAGGACGUUUCAAUCCACAAGCAGGAGCCAGGAAACUGCAUCAAGAGGAGGUCAAAGGCCGCUGAUGGACUCCCGGUUAACGAACCAGAUGUCUUCAGAGAGAGAGGCCACAAUGGACUUCCCAGCCAAAGCGGCGUCACGCAUAACCGUCACCACGACGUCGCGCUCUGAGACGUCCGGUGCCAUCCCCUCCUCCAACGUCACGCUGGUGCCGCAGUACAUGAAGGAUGCGCUCAUGUGUGAAGGAUCCGAGCUGUGCUUCGAGGAAGUGCGAGCUCAAAACUUCUUCCAAAAGUUGCAAGAGAAGCUGGAGAGCAAGCAGACAGCAAGCCGAGAGGACAAGGUGAGGAAUCAGAACAGAAUCGACAGCCUUGCGCUUGAAAUGAAACAUAUCCUGCCGUGCAAGGUGAUAUCACAACUUGGCAUGGGUGUUAAUAUUAUCCUUGCUGUUCACUUCAUCCUUCUCCUUCGCAAUAUUAACUUCAUUGAACAAAAUGGUUGUCCUCAGCUGCCUGUUCUACCGGAACAUUCUCAAAGCUGGUGGCUCCCCACAGCACCCGGCAGCGACACUGCCAGCUCAGAGCAGUUCCAUCAUGCGUCCAUUUUGGCUGAGCAGAGCAAAAGUUUGCCUCAAGACACUUCAGGGGCUGGAGUCAGAAUACCACCAGAAUCAUUGGACGUGCUGCAUGCGUCACAGGAAGGCAGCGCGAGCGUGUCCCACAUCACUCCCAACAACUCACUGGGCUUAGGGCACCCCACUCCAUCGUGGGUGCUUCCGUCUCCCACUGUCAACACACGUGAGGCUCUGGAUGUCGUCAUGGGCAUGUUCCAGGCCCCCACGCUCAUGGAGGACCCUUCCAACAACAUCUCAGCUUUCCUCGCAGGCGGGAAGCCGCUGGAUGACGAGCAGGCAACAUAUGGCCCCGCCCUGCUCGCCGACGUGAGCGCCUCCCAGCCGUUCACCGUCUACCAGGAUGACUGUGACAAAGAAAAUGUCACGGCCGCCCCGCCCCAUGCUGCGCAUAAGAGUAAACCAAUCCGAGGCUUGUCUGAGCUCCCGCUGUCCGAGUGGAAAAAGACCAGCGUGAGUGAGGACAGCCCUCAGGACAAGACGCCUGAGGAGACCACCAUGUGGGGCGCUCGCGACAACGUGCUGAGCUGUCUGGCGGCGUGUCCCAACAGCACCGCUGACUUCGCCAUGUCGGCGCACUGCAUGUCCACGCCGUUCACACACAAAGUUCCCGCCAACAUUUUCCAGGACGAAGCAGACAACAAGUGCGACGGCACAGAAGCGAAUGAAAACGCUUUCAUCAGACGUCAACACAAGCUCAGCCCCAUCAUGGAGCAGAGUCCGUCUGACGACAAGCCGUCCGAAGCCGCAUCCGGUGAGCUUGUGGCUUCCUCAGCGUCACACUGCACCAUCGUGGGGGAGCCGCUCUCCACCACCGCCACCGCCGACUGCCACCUGACUGCCUCCACAUCCACCAUGAUGCAGCUCCCGCCGCCUGCCGUGCUGUCCUUCAGGGAGCAGACGCUCGGCCCCUGUGACUCGUCAGCCCCCAGGACCAGUGGACUUCAUUGGGGCGUGUCCGCUGACCCGGCACCUCCUGCAGACCCCACCUCUGUCAGGGGGCCGUUUAGCAUCCUGAACAAUUUAGAACAAGCCAACCAAAAAGCCUGUGACCUUCUCGCAGCGUCAGACUGGCAGCCCGCCCCCCCAACCCAGCCCAACCUGGAAGCUUUCCCGAGUCCAGGUAGGGGCCUGGAUGUCUGCAUGAGUCCAGAACCCCCAUGUGACGUGCCCAUGAGCCCGACGCCGCUCACCUUGCAUGAUGAGCACAUGGCGAGCCCGGAAAAAGACUCUGCUCCCAGGACAAGGCUGCUAUCAGAUCCAUGGAGCAGCGACCUCAUCUCUGAACUCCUGUCACGUAUGAGCCCGCCUCUCAGCUCACACCCGCAAUACAUCAGCUGGCGGCACAGCCUCCCCAACAUCACGCCCAAGAUGAGCAUCAGCGUGGGAAACUGGUCUCUGCGUGUGGACCGCGUCCUCGGCAAAGGAGCGUUCGCUACGGUUUAUCAGGCCACCAACCCCGAGAGCUCUGAGCAGAUGGUGCUGAAGGUGCAGAAACCAUCCAAUCCCUGGGAGUUUUACAUCAACACUCAGCUGGACGCUCGCCUGACACCGCACACGCGCCACCUGUACAGCCGCGUCCACUCUGCUCACCUUUUCACCAACGGCAGCAUUCUGAUGGCUGACCUGCAUCACUACGGCACCCUGCUGAACGCCAUCAACAUGUACAAGCAACUCGGCGAGAAGGUCAUGCCCCAGCCUCUCGUCAUCUACUUCACCAUCUGCAUCCUGCGUAUCAUGGAAGAACUGCACGCCGUUCGCAUCAUCCACGCUGACGUCAAGCCCGACAACUUCAUGCUGGCACACAAGUUCUUGGAGAACAAGUUUGAGUGUGAGAACUUGGAGCAGGGUCUGGUUCUCAUCGACUUGGGUCAAAGUAUCGACAUGGAACUUUUCCCAGAGGGGACGGCUUUCACUGCCAGGUGUCUGACGUCAGGAUUCCAAUGCACGGAGAUGCUCAACGGGAAACCCUGGAACUACCAGACGGACUACUUUGGGAUCGCAGGCACGGUGCACUGCAUGCUGUUUGGGACGUACAUGCAGGUGGUGAACGAAGGCGGCGUGUGGAGGACCACCGCCGUGUUUCGAAGAAACCCUCACAGCGAGAUGUGGCUGGACUUGUUCCACACGCUGCUCAACAUUCCCGACUGCAGCCCGCUGGCGAGCCUGAGCACCCUCCGCCACCACCUGGAGUCCGUCCUGCAGGACAACUACAGCAGCAAGAUGGCAUCACUGAAGAGCCGCCUGGUGGUUCUCCUGCUGGAGAGCAUCAAGGCCGCUCGCAGAUGACCAAACACCUCCACCCCCACAUCCACCAAUCCGCACACAGCCUGCCUCCCGUGUUACGCCCCCCAGUGACUUUUUAGUGGAGUUGAUGAGUAAGUGUUAUGAUCUUCUGGUGUUGGACGGAGAAAA